AAAUAUAUGACGAGACUGGUGAGUCAUCGCGGGAAUGAGAAGAAGAAGCGGAGGCGGCCUGCUCACGGCAUAUGCGACUUACUUGAGACCCCAGCCCUGAUUGUCGGUUUAACGAUACAACGAGCAGCGCACAGAACAUAUAGGAAGAGACGCUAUGAGUGUGCGGUCUCGUCAUCGUCGUCCUGAAGUGGGCUGACGCUAUGUCGGUGACCAUCGAUCUGAAAAGUGUAAGCAUUAUGACUGUCCUAGGGAACACACAAUAUGAAUGACUCAACUGGCGGUCUAUUCUGGGGUCUUAAGCAGGGCUUAAAGCCCUUGCUCGACAGUACCUGGCAUUACAAACUCCACCUCUCACAGCCCGGCUUUACUCCCCACUCCAACUCUUACCCCGAUGGCCCUCACCCACGUCGUCUCCUUCAAAUUCAAAUCCACCGUGACAGAAGCUCAGCGCCAGGAAAUCUACGAGAGCCAGCUUGCGCUUGCCACGCGAUGCCUCUCCGCCGCGCCGGAGAGCAAGCCGUACAUCCACAGUGUGGUGGGCGGGCCGAAUGUGUCUGCCGAAGGUUACGACAAGGGAAACCACUUCGCGUUCGUUAUGGUAUUCAACAGCAUGGAAGACUUCAAUUACUACGACAAAUCGGAUCUGGUGCAUGAAGCAUUCAAGACUCGGGUCCUACCCUUGUUAGAGGACGCCUUUGUGUUCGACUUUGUUGCGUAGAGACUAUGGACGAAAAACAAUUGAAUUCUGGGCAAUUUAUAAUAAGAACACUGGAA